GAGAGGACAUACUUUUGAUUGCAACCGCUGGGAUUUCAUGGAGAGAAUUGUAAUGUGGUAUGUGAAUAUAUGUUUUCUGCAGCUUGUGUUUACGAAUGUUGCUCUGGGCCUUCGUAUGAGAUACCUAAAAAUCCCGUACAUUUAUCCCUCUGGCCACGACGUCGUGCUGACUUGCGAUUUCGAUCUGGAAGGAGAAGCUUUGUAUGCUGUCAAAUGGUUCCAUGAUGGCGAAGAAUUCUACAGAUAUUCUCCGGAAGAGGAUCCAAAAGCAAUGUUUUUUCCAGUUCGUGGAAUCAAAGUGGAUAUGCGUCGUGCAAACAAUACAUCUGUCGUUUUGAAAGAUAUCGAGGUAUGGGCGACUGGAAUGUUCCGAUGUGAAGUUUUAGCUGAUGCUCCCAGCUUCCAUACGGUUACUGCGGAAGCAUACAUGAUUGUAGGAGAAUUUCUCCGCUACGAGUACAUGGAUGAGAAGUCACCGAUAAACAAGGUGGUUCUUGUUGCUUCUAGAGAUGUUUAG